CGGAUAAAAAUAACGUCCAGUUUCAUUACAGAAAACAUACGCGAUACUGAAGGCAAACAUGAAGUUCAUAGUUGCGCUGUUACUGUUGUCGUCCUUUGCCUAUUCAAAUGCUUCGUCUGCAGGUCUCAGCACGACUGGUGCUGUGGUUGCCCUGGCUCGUAAAAUGAUAGAAUUAUCAAAAACAGAAGAUGUAGAGGACAUGGAAAUGGUUCCUUACCACUGUAGCCUGGCAGCUAGUUAUGGACAGCUUAAUAACGAAACCAUAAAAAAUAUGGACAGAAAUUUACUGAUCGCCAUAGCUGGAAUCAACAAACGCAUACAAACUGUGAGAGAAAACAUGGGCAACAGAAUAAUUACUUUCAAAGAUUACGUCUCUCUCAUGAAUCAAAAUGUCCUUCUGAUUCCUGACAAUUCCACUGAAAUUUUCAGAGAGAAAUACCUAGGCUACAGUGACUACCGUCUAGCUACCAGUGACAAGCAGGAAGGAAUUGUAGAAGAAGUUUCUGACUGGUUUGCAAAUGAACUUAUUGAUGACCCAGACGUAUUAGCUGACACGAAGAUCGAAAUUCUUGACUAUGCAAAUAUCGUAGCAUCUACUGGCGCAAAGAUCAAAGGCUUUCGUAGUGUCCUUCUCCGAAAUCAUUACGUUGAACGCAGUGUCGUUGAUAUGGGUGUCCUUCGUUACCCUGAUUUAAAUAAGCCCUACUUCAAGUUAUUCCGUAUCCAGUUGUUUGCUUACAGAAAGUCUAAGGCGGUGUUAUUUAUGCAAAAGGAUGAAAGCGGAAUCAGGGGACAAUAUCAAUCAAUGAUCUUCGUACCUAAUGAAUCAAUUAUUGCGAAAUUACAACAAUCAACCAAAACUAGAGCAACAAACGAAGCUUUGAAAAUGUUUAAUGAAUAAAACUAUAUAUCAUACACCA